AAAAAAAGAAAGAAAUUGCAUAAUCUUUUACAUCGAACAAUUUCAACAAAUUCGUACAACUUCAGUAGAAUAAUUACCUAUGUGUUUUUAUUUUCGUACCGGUUUAAAACAAUUAAACAUUCAUCUCUGAUAGAUAAUAUAGAGAUAUGUUAAUUUGUACAAAAUAUUAAAAAACGUACAUGUUGUUGACCGCACACAGAUAAUUCCCGGAUUUAUUCUCCAAAGUUCACCAGCCCAAGCGUGUUGAUAAUUUUAAAUCUCACACAGAAAUAGGUAUUUUUUUUAUUAUUUCGCACGUUUCGAAGGAUCAGAAGGCAAAAAUGUGUUUUUAGAGAGACGAAAAUAAAUUUUCAAUAAAUUCUUGCACGCGAAUCUUUUGGAUCUUGACGAUUUUCUAUUCGUUGGAUAUUUAAAUCAAAUUUUUAUCUAGCAGGGACCAAACAAGAGCGUUGAAUUAUAUUUAUAAUCUCUGGCAGAGAAUAGUAAUUUUUCGACGAUUAUUCCUUUAUCAGCGAUUAAGACUUAUAGUUUAUUAAUAUCGGAUAAUCCUAAUGAAAUGUAUCAGAAACACAACCGAAAGUAAGGACCAAUAAGAGGUCAAUUCUGUUGGAAUAACUUGGACCAAUCGUGUAAGACCACGAUCGCAAUGGCGGCGUGGCUGAACAGUUUUGUGUUAUUGGGUGGUUAGGUAGAGGCUUCUAUAGCCAGCAGGUUUGUUUUCUUAUGUAUUGAAGUAUUCAUAUUGUCGUGACCCAAUUUUUUAUUCAAUCAUGUACCAUUGUGGUUUAUUACUGGUCUUAUUGAAUCUGUUUUUAGAUGUGGUUGGGAGCGUUUCCCAGUUAGAAAUUAACAGACAUUUGGAGUUAGGUAGAGAAUUUUUAGCGAAGGGCCAAUUACAGGAUGCACUGUCACAUUAUCAUGCAGCUGUUGAAGGAGAUCCAAAUAACUAUUUGACAUACUAUAAAAGGGGCACAGUAUAUCUAGCAUUGGGUAAAGCCAAAUUUGCACUCCUUGAUCUUGACAGAGUUUUAGAAUUGAAGCCAGAUUUUACUUCUGCGAGAUUACAGCGUGGUAAUGUAUUGCUUAAACAAGCCCAGUUUGAAAAAGCAGAAGCUGAUUUCCGAGAUGUUUUAGCAGUCGAGCCACAGAAUUCAGAUGCCUACAAUGCCUUAUAUAAAAUAUCGCCUGCUCAGGAUGAUUUAUUAGUUGCAGACAGAUUAGUAAGAAAUGGCGACUAUGCAGCAGCUGCGCAACAACUUUCCAAAGUUAUCGAAGUAUGUCCAUGGUCAGCUGAACUUAGAGAACUUAGAGCUGAAUGUUAUGAGGCACUCGAAGAUUAUAUUAGUGCUAUUUCUGAUGUACGUUCUACAACCAAGUUACAAUCUGACAAUACGCAAGGAUUUUUAAAAUUAGCCACCUUGCACUACCGUUUAGGACAAGUGGAGGAAUCUCUAAAAGAAAUUCGAGAAUGUUUGAAACUUGAUCCAGAUCAUUCAAAGUGUUUUUCAUUUUAUAAGAAAGUCAAGAAAGUAGCAAAACUACUAACAGAUGCGAAUGAAUAUGAGAAUGAAAGAGAUUACACUAAUUGUAUAGAUUCUGCUCUGCCUGUACUGAAACUUGAACCACAAGUAGCUAAAGUACGUUUCAUUGCUCAUCAGCAUCUUUGUAAAUGUUAUACUGGUAAUUCAGAACCGAGUCAAGCAAUCAAAAAUUGCCACGAAGCAUUAAAUAUAAGAAAAGAAGCGUCAGUAUACUGUGACAGAGCAGAAGCGUAUCUUGCUGCUGAAAUGUUUGAUGAUGCUAUUAGAGACUUUAAAGAAGCUUUAGAAAUUGACAUGAGCUUACAAAGAGCGAAGCAAGGUCUACAUAAAGCGCAACAACGGCAAAAGCUUUCUGAAUCACGAGAUUAUUACAAAAUUUUGGGUGUGCCGAGAACAGCAUCUAAACGUGACAUCAUUAAAGCGUAUAGAAAAGCUGCACAAAAAUGGCAUCCUGAUAAUUUUCAAGAAGGAGAAGAAAAGAAACGAGCGGAAAAGAGAUUUAUUGACAUUGCAGCUGCCAAAGAGGUAUUGACUGACGAUGAGAAAAGAGCGAAGUUCGAUCAAGGAGAAGAUCCAUUAGAUCCUGAAUCAGGGAAACAUCAACAAGGUUUCAAUCCCUUCCAAGAAUUCCAUCACUUCCAUGGCUCUCCCUUCCAAUUUAAGUUCCAUUUUAAUUAAAUGUUUUUCCUUUCAUUCUCAUGGUACUAGUUCAAAUAAAAUUCCUAAUUUUUAAUAGUAUCGCUGUAUAUGCGUCAUGACAUGACUUUUGCUAUUUUAGCUGAAAUUUAAUUUCGCUAAUCUACCUCAUCGGUAGUCAUAUGUCUUGUAUCUGCAUUGAAUCAGAAGACUGGUUCGAAAAAAUUAUUAAUCAAUCAGUAAGUCAAGAAAAGGUGACCAAUAAUUAAUUAAAGUGAAUCAUAUUAAAUUGUUAUUUGAUACACAUACAAACUAUAAUGUUCUUAUUAUCAGUUCUCAGUGUCAGUAACUUGUUACUGAAAUUUAAGAUAUACAUAAUGUAAAUAAUGUAUGCAUGUAAUUUACUAUGUUAGUUUUAAUAAUUUAUAAUAUAUCGAUUGUAAUGAUUCUGAGUAAUUGACUUACUGAAUAACUAAUAAACAAUAUACUUGAUGCAGACUGAACGUAUAAUUAGUUGUCAGCGAUGUGAAUAUUUGGUACCAUCAAUAUUAUAUAUAGAUAUAGAUUUCGUACUAUCGACAUACGAAACGAAAGUCGUGAUUGAAUUCGCAUUUUAAUAAAAGUAUAGGAUAUAUGGUGGCGAAACAUUGCUAUCUAAACGUGGUGGCAAACUGGUGGAUUAUUGAGUUUAGCUUGAAAUCGUGCGAUGAUUAGAUGGAGUAAAUACUAUUAAAGCCAUUUUCGGUAACAUAACCAUCGAGUACAGUUGCACUUCAAGUACGAUUAGCGGAAUUAUAUUAUGGGAGUGAUUGUAUUUGAUGCUGAUAAACAUUUGUAGAACAGUGCUGUGUGCGUGUUGCAUUCGCAUGAGUGUGAGAGAACUUUAUGUAAAUACUGUAUCUCUGAUAUUUGUUUAAAUAUAUUUGAAUAAUUUAUA